AUGAAGAGUGGUAUGCGCAUCAUAUUAUGCGUAGGAUGUAUCCUAUUUCUCGCCCUCUAUUUACUAGAGGCUCAUCUCCAAGAUCUCUCUAAUCAGUAUCGUGCUGGCGCAUACUUAUGGGACUGGUUAGAUGACAGAAUCCCAGGAUCAUCCUCAGAAAGACAGCCGCCAUAUAUCGGCGAACCUGGUGACAAGGUUGUUGUAAUGGCAAGGCUGGAGGAAGAGAAUACCCAUUGGGUGGAAGAAGAACUCCCGGACUGGCAAAGAGCCAUUUACAUUGUCAACCCAUCAUACGAAUCAACCAUGGAUACACACGUUCUCAAAACGCCCCUCAACAAAGGCCACGAAGCAAUGGCAUACCUCACCUACGUAAUAGAUCACUACAACACACUACCAUCAACAAUAGCUUUCCUACACGCACAUCGAUCCGGCUUCCUCAUGGCUUGGCACGUCGAUGCUCCCCUCCACGACAACGUAAACGCCAUGCAAACCCUCCAACUACCUUUCGUCCAGGAAAAUGGGUACGUCAAUCUUCGCUGUAACUGGAACCCCGGCUGCAAGAGCGAUCAACGGAUCAACACACAUGUCACAGAUGAGAUCUGGUGGGAUAUAUUCCAGGGCACUAGUACCCCACCGCUGAAUACAUCAUCACAAUAUGAGGUUCAAGAGGUGGGAAAGCGAUUCUUGCAGAAGCCGAUGCAGGUUGCAGCGGCUUGCUGUGCGCAAUUUGCGGUGUCGAAGGAUCAGGUGCACAGAAGACCGAGAGACGAUUAUGUGAAGAUUAGGCAGUGGCUUAUUGAUACCCAAUUAACGGAUAGGAAAUCCGGUCGUGUGUUUGAGUUCUUGUGGCAUGUUAUUUUUGGUAUGGAAUCUGUUUACUGUCCUGAUGAAGAGCUUUGUUAUUGUCAGGUUUAUGGACAGUGUUGA